CGCGGGGGAGAGGCGGCAGGUCGCCGACUAUUUGGGCGCCCUGUGCCUGGCGCUAAAUUUAAAAACGUAACUCGAGCGAAGGCGGGUUCCGGAAGCGAAACCAAGCUCGCCCCGCGAGCCGCCUCCCUGGCUCUGCCAGUCCCCCAGCGCGCCGCGCCACCCGGAACAGCCCCUCCUCCCGCCAUUUUCCGCAGGGCGCGCGGCUGAGGCCUGUGGCUGCCGGGCUCUGGAGGAGGAGGAGGAGGCGGGUAGCAUGGCCGCGGGCGUAGACUGUGGGGAUCCGGCCCGCGUGCGGCAGCACGUGUUCCUGCUUCCAGAACAUUUAAAAGAUGCUUCAAAGAAGAUGAAAAGUGGCCUUAUGUUUGUAAAGUUGGUUAACCCAUGCUCAGGAGAAGGAGCCUUGUACUUAUUCGACAUGUGUCUCCAGCAGCUGUUUGAAAUCAAAGUUUUCAAGGAAAAACACCAUUCUUGGUUUAUAAAUCAAUCAGUUCAAUCAGGAGGCCUUCUCCACUUCGCCACACCCGUGGAUCCUCUAUUUCUGCUCCUUCACUACCUCACAAAGGCUGGCAAGGAG